AUGGCCCAGGUCAAGCAGGAUCCGGAUCGCCCGUACGUGAAACAAGAGUACAUCAAGCAGGACCCCGAUAGUAAAGACACUGUCCUUGCCGAUAUCGACGAGGAAGAUCUCUACGAAGAUGCUGGUGACCUUGACUUUACAUCUGCCGGACAGAGUGUCUGGCUCUCUCGUCUGCCUCGGCAACUGUGGGAGCACUGGGCACACUUGAAUGAUGACGACGAAAUUGAGAUUGGUACAAUGCGAGUGGAAGGUGCACUCGAUGAUAUCAAACGAGUCAGUCUGCGCCUACACGAUCGCCCCGAUAACAGGGACAUUCCAAAAGAUUACGUUCUUCAGAAACAAACAGCCGAUCCCUCGGGAGCUGGAUCGCACCACACCCACAAUACCUAUCUUUUCACGGAAAAAGACAUUCCAGGCGUAGAGAAUCGCAUGGCCUCGUUUGGCGAAACACGAUCGGUCCUCUACGAAUCACAGAAGCGCGAAGCCAAGCGAAGAGAACAAGGCAAGAGAUGGGAGCCGUACGUGCGAAAGACUAUACCUAAACACACUGCGCUCGCAGGCGCCGUUGGUGAAGAAUUCAACUGUCUCCCUGUAGAGAAUGAGGAGUUCCGUCGCAUAUCCGAGAUGCGAGCCCUGGAAGCCCUGAAGCCCCGGAAAGAGACUGUCUUCAUUGAUAAGAUCCCAGGAAAGAUCAUCCAAGCGCGCCAUGCCCUUCCCAGCGAGAAGGGUCAGUUUGUGCAAGCAACCAAAGCCGGUGGCAGAGGAAAACCUCAAGAGAACAAGUCCACUCGUAUGCCCCAGAACGAGCUCUUGGAUCUUAUUUUCCAGUGCUUCCGCGAGUUCAGAUACUGGCCAUUUAAGACACUCAAGGCUAGGUUGGCACAGCCCGAAGCCUAUCUCAAGCAGACACUUGAAAUGGUCGCGCAUUUGGUCAAAUCUGGUGACUUUGCUAUGACCUGGGAGCUAAAACCUGAGGCAACUCACGCCCAGUACUCAAAUGCGAUGGACAAUGCCAAGGCAGAACUACCUCCAGGAGCGGACGAUCCAUAUGAUGAGGGGUCUGAGGAUGAUCCCAUGGCAUCUGGAAUGGCCACUGAUCAAGAUGAGGUUCACUUCGAGAACGUUUAA